AUGAAACCUCAACUUGAACCAAAUGAACGCGAUCGCCAUCCUUCCGUCAUCCAACGGACAGGCGCAAAUCGAUCGACUAAUGGUUUUCGUUCUCGAAAUGAAAGUCCUGAUAGAAUGGAAGUUCGUCAGCUAAAAUCUGAUAUCCUAAAAUUACAACGAGAAAACGAGGAACUAUCGAAUUCUAUUAAAGAAAUCGACAGUGAAAGAAAUCUGCUCCUGAAAGAAAUCAAAAAACUUGGACCAUUAGCUUUUAUUGGAGUUUGCGCACUGACAUAUGGGCUCUUACUUGUAUUCAAGAUACUUGUUAAUGGCGAAUAUUACCAAUUUACUCGGAUUAAUUGA